CUCAAGACGAGUAAAGAAUCUUCUAGUUCUCCAGAGUUACAAACUACUAUUCCGGCUGACAGUGUUUCAUUUUUAAGUUGUCCAGUUAAAUUGAAUGCAGAAGAUGAAGAUACUCUUGUGUCCUCAAACAGUUCUCCAUUCAGUUCUCCUGAUGCCCUAGCAAACUACUGUGUUAAGUGCCAUCAAAUCUGCAUCUCCAACAGGCAGGGGUAAAGAAAAGAGGCUAAAAUUGCAGACGGAAAAGGAAUAUCGGGAUCGUAUCAGGGAAGAAUUAAAAUUUGCCAAAGAGCGAGCAAAAGAAGAAGCAAAAAAAAAGAGAGAUGAAGAACGGGAGCAAAAGGCGAAGGAGAAGGAGAAAAAA